AUGAGAAGAAGCAACCGCUUAGUACAGGCCAGACUGGUCGCUUCAAUAGAAACGCCAUGGCUAUUCACGAAACCAUCGCCCCAAGCGCUCCAGGUAUUUGCGACACCUGAGCUAUUUGACAUGAUCCUUCUGGCUGUUGACGAUAUGCCAACUCUCGUCGCCUCGGUUCCGCUCGUUUGUCGCUCUUGGAAGCAGCAUAUAGACAGUUCUCUUGAACUCAAUCGCGCGCUAUUCUUCUUACCUGAUCGCGAUACUACCAUGUCUGAUUCAGACGCUGCUUCCCAUUUUCGCCUCAAUCCAUUGUUGUGCGAACACUUUGGGCCGCUGGUUGAGUCGCCCGCUACCUUUGACCUUGAUCCUCCGGGAUUUUAUACUCCAAUGGACAAGUUCGAUUGCAUUCUUCGAGAUGGACUCAACAUUCAUCACGUUCAGAUGAUGCGGCUCAGUAUUGCCGGCCGCGAUACAAAGGGACUUAAAGAACGCUUCGCUCACAAAGACGCGAGCUGGCGUCGCAUGCUGAUCUCACAGCCGCCUGCCAGGAAGAUCGGGUAUAGAUGCGGUCCAGGCAAUUUUCCCGAAACGGACGGAAUGGAGAGAUUUAUUGUGCCAGAAGGUUUGCGGAUGGGCCAACUUUGGGAUUCGAUAUACCACACUUUGUGGACCCCGUGUCAAGGCAAGGUCAUAAGGCGAAGCGUCCAAAUGUCCUACCGGCUCGGCAGCCACGAUAACCCUGUUUGGUCGAGAACAGCACUUCGGUGGAAGAAGGGGCUUCUAGUGGACGUUGAGUUCGUUUUCAGUGUGGUACAAACCCACCUGUACCCGGGAGAGAAGGGGGAUGAAGAGUUGAAAAAGUGGGAUAAGCGACAAGCGAGCACUGCGCCAACCUAUCGUAGUGGCGGCUACGAUGAAAACAACAUUGUGGUAUCUAUUGGUGAAGAUAGGGUUAGUUUUAGAGACUGGUUUGAGUGGAAUGCCGGGACAGUUUGA